AUGCAAAAAUACAUCAGACUUCAUCGAAGUUCGUUGCUUCAAUUAAGACAAUGCUUUGUUCGGUCUCAAUAUACAUCCACCAAAACUGAAUCAAAAUUAGGACAAGACUCGCACGAACAGUAUGACCCUGAAUCGAACUUACUCCGUCAAAAACAAUUUAAUCAAAACAUAACUAAGCAACUAAGGUCCUUCAUGCGAUUAUCUGGAGAUAACUUUACAAAAUUUGAUGCUAUAUUGAAAAAUCCCUUAACAGCCAAAGAAAAAUUACUUGAUGAAAAACUCUCAGAAUUUUUAGAAGAAUUUUCCAAUACAACAGCGUAUGAGCAUGUACAAUACUCUACAUCAUAUUCGACUCCAUUAACCAGCGAUAGAACUGGAGCUGCUAUAGAUAAAUUUCCAUUUUUAGAAACGUCCUCGAGUGAUAAAUCCUACACACCUCAAGAGCUGUUCCUACGCCAGCUAAACCAUUCUAAGCAUAUGGCAAGGCUGGGUGCUACAUUAAGGAGUUUGUAUUUCCCUCAAAGAGAUAUUUCAAAUCCACUGUCGCUUGACAGGAUAACUAUAAAGAAGCUAAUGGAAUCUAAUGUUCAUCUUGGCCAAUCUGUCUCGCUUUUAAGGCCAUCGAAUCAACAAUACAUUUAUGGUGAAUAUAAAGGCAUUCACAUCAUUGACUUAAAUAAGACAUUGACCCACUUGAAGAGGGCAAGCAGUGUAAUCGAAAAAAUUUCCGAAAAAGGAGGUAUUAUUCUUUACAUUGGUACGAAACCUAAUCAAAAAGUUGCCCUGGAAAGGGCCGCGAAACGCUCCAACGGCUAUUAUGUUGCAUCAAGGUGGAUUCCCGGUACUUUGACAAACUCAACAGAAAUCUCCUCUGUUUGGGGAAGACAUGAAGUUGAUGCUGCUGACCUACCGACUGGAAGACAACUAAAGGCGGAUGAAAAGAGCAAAAUCGUUAAGCCAGAUCUCCUAGUGAUUUUAAAUCCGAAUGAUAAUAGGAUUGCACUGUAUGAAGCAAUGAAGUCAAGAAUACCAACAAUAGGGAUUAUAGAUACAGAUUCUGAGUCUUCUCUCGUUACCUAUCCAAUACCUGGUAAUGACGAUUCCUUCCGUUCUGUCAACCUAAUUUUGGGUGUCUUGUCAAGAGCUGCUGAGAGAGGAUUAACUAGACGUUUGAGGCAAAACAAUCGUGUAAAUAUAGAAUCUACUACUUAA